AUGAAUUUACGGAAGGUACGUUCACAUGAGAAUUCAUAUACAAAUUUAGAUUAAUAAAGAAAAAUAGAUUGUGCUUAAUUUAAAACAUAAGCAUGUAAUCAAUAACAUGCUAGUACACAUAAAAAAUUUUGUCCAUACUAUCAUGAUGAAUCUGAUCGAAGACGAGAUCCUCAUUAAUUUAAAUAUAAGUGAGAAUAGUAAUAAUUAUUGAAAGGUGUCAAAUAUGUCCUUAAUAUGAACAAUGUCCAAAUGGAGAUUUGUGUGUAUUUUCACACAACAAAGUAGAAUAGGUGUACCAUCCAAAUAGAUACAAAAGCAAAUAUUGUGUAUAAAAUAAAGAUUGUGAAUAUGGAAUGUAUUGUUCAUUUGCUCAUAAUGAACAUGAGUUGAGAAUCCCGCUUAAAUUAGAAUAGUUAGUAUAAGAUAAGAAAUUUUGGAUGUUAAACUAUAAAACUAUAUGGUGUCCAUAUAUUGUAGCGUAUAAAUUAGUUUAAUGCAAAGACAUGAUCGUGCUGGUUGUGUUUAUGCUCAUAAUGCAUAAGAUUUUAGAAGAGAUCCUCAAUUACUUUAACCUAAGGAAUGUUAAUAUUGGAAUAAGACAGAUCAAAUAUAAAGAUAUGAUUAAGGAGGUUGUCCUGAUUAAGAGAAUUGUUUAAAUUGUCAUGGAUGGAAAGAAUAUGAAUAUCAUCCAUUAAUAUACAAAACAAAACCUUGUGCAUAACCUAAUUGUUAAAAAAAGGAGUGUCCAUUCUUUCAUAAUGAUUAAGAACGUAGGUAUAUUAAACUAAAUUCAUAUUAAUUUAGAAUACCGAAAUAAUAGAAUGAAAAACAAUGGAUUAUUGAAGAACCUUAUACAUAAAAUGUACUUAGAAUUCCAUAUAAAUCAAAUUCAAAUUAUUAAGGACCUAUUAUUCCAAAUUAUAUUCCUUAAGAUCUUAAUAGAGAGAAGAUGGAAGUUGGAUAACCACUUGAAUUAUUUAGUUCAAUAACUACUUCAUCUAAUCCAUUAUCAAGAAGAGGUUCAGAUUUUUCAGAUGGAUAAAAAAAAAAAUUGAAUAAUUAACGUAAAUAUCAUCGUACAGCUCCUACAACACCUGAUCAAAAGUAGUAAUAAUAAUAAUAAACUAAAAAUAAAUUAAUCAAAUAUUCUCGUAGAUUGUAGGAUGAAUUAUGGAAAAUAUCUGGGGUAAUGCGAUUUCAGUAUUUUCCUAGUCUGAUUUCAUAUUACACACUCUUGAAGGAAUGAAAAUCACUGAAAUGAGUUUAAUGCAAAUGAGUGAACCUAAUCUCUUAUCAUUAAAUAUAAGUGAUCAACAAAAAUAAUAUUUAAUAUAAGCCUUAUUCAAUAUUAAGUAGGAAAAGAAUUAUGAUGAAAAACAUGAUGAUGAAUUACUCAAAGAGAGUGCUGGACAAUUUUGA